AUGUAUGGUGUUAGUCUCAUCAGUAGAUACAUGGAGAGUCCCACCGAAAAACACCUUGAGGCUACAAAGCGUAUUUUACGCUAUUUGAAAGGGACAUCAUCUCUUGGGUUAUUUUACAAGAAAGGAGAAAGAUCAGAUUUGCUUGGUUUUACUGAUAGUGAUUACGCUGGUGAUAUGGAUGACCGAAAAAGCACUUCUGGUUAUGUGUUUAUGCUUGGUUCAGGGGCUGUCUCAUGGUGUUCAAAGAAGCAACCAAUUGUUACUCUUUCGACCACUGAGGCUGAGUUUGUGGCUGCCACCUCGAGUGCUUGUCAAGCUAUUUGGUUAAGGAAGAUUCUUGGAGAACUUCGGUUUAAACUAGAAGAAGCAACGACAGUUUUCGUGACAAUAAUUCAGCCAUCAAAUUGUCAAAGAAUCCAGUUCUACAUGGGAGAAGCAAGCAUAUAG